GGUCGCGUGACUGCUGCACAUGCAGAUCUGACCUUGUUCUUGCUCGUUGAUGGAGGCAACAGUACGGACAAGUUAGAUAUGUCUGGGAUAGGUGAUGUCUUCAGCGUUUUACUUGUAGUUACCUUUUCCUUUUGUAUCUUAAACGCUUCUGUAGUGAGAAGUGGUCUCAUAAAAGAAACCUCAAGGACUCCUUCGACUCAAAAUUCGACAUCAGAUGUCCGCGUAAACGGAACGAAGUGCAAUAUUUUGAAUUGCUCUUUGGCCCUCGACAAAAGCGAGGCAGACAAAUUGAAAGAACCGAUAUUCGACGAAAAUGCGUUGGCUGUUUUCAUUUUCGUCACCGUUGGAAAUUCCACAGCUCCUUCGCAAAAUGAUGGAAAGAAUGUGUCUUCCGUUGAACUGCAAAUCAAGCAAAAGUGGGCCUGGUUACGAAAUAAGCGAGGUCGCUUUCUCGCUACUCUUCCCUACGAUUUUGACAUCCUUUCUCUGACUACGUUACAAAGGGACGCUUUUAGCGUAGACCUAAACAUAAAUGCGAAACCUCGGAACUGCUUUGCAAACUUGUCGCAAAACUGUUUGAAUGGGAUGAUUGCUGCCACUGUUAUAGACAGGGUAACAGGCACUGAUGGGGAUGUCUGUGUCAGAACUGUAGAGACUGAGGAGGAUGGCGAUGUGAGAGACGUGGGGUAUCGCUGCUGUGAACAAAGGAACAACUCUUUGAUUUGUGAUAGACCCGUUGAGAACAACCAGUGGAUUCAAAUUGCAAUAAGAUUUCUCUGGGCUUCUUCAUUUGGAUUCGGUCUUUUUGCACCUCUUUUACUCAAGUACCUUCCAAAAGAAUUCAAAAAAGGACCUAGAAUAAGACCAAAGGCAACGUUUGCGAGGAGAGAAUCUGAAAUUCCAGAGGCCGAGACAUCAUCAGUGGACCUGAUGACGCUAUCUACCCGCCCACUGUUAUUUGCCUUGGAUGGCGGAUUAUUAGAUGUGCUGCGAACGCAAACUGAGUCAGUAUUCUUCUCAAGAUUGAGCCGCUGUCUCUUUGUAAUCUUACUAAGUUGUCUCCCUCUUCUUCAAGGCUUUAUUUAUGCCUAUUUGAAACAAGCGGAAGUGGGAAUUUCAACUGGAAAAUUGCUUGGAGUUGGAGAUGCUUUCAUCACACUGUUGGAGAAGAACAGUCAGUUCGUAUUGAGCGCAGCCUACUGCUUUUGCAUUCUACUAAUCUGCAUUGCAAUCGCAAUCCCUAGAACCUUGUCAGACUUGGCAAGACGGCUUGCAGGGAGGAGAGAUGAGCGCUCAUUUCUUGGCUUUAAGAAACCAGACGAGAUCAUUUGCUCUUCAGACAAGCGUGGCUUCCAACUGAUUUACGAGAACAUUGUUUUUCAUCUUAAUUGCCUACUCAUGUGGCAGUUUUGGAAGUUUGUGUUCUUGGUUGUGACCUAUCCCUUACAGAAGCUUUGCGGCAUAAAUGUCUUUGAUGAACCCAUGGACUCGAGCUUCAAUGCUGAGUCAGAGGAGACAGAAAAAAGAUGUGAACUAUGCUCAAAAAUUUGCAAGAUAGUUUGGUUGCUGCUAGUUUUCCCAUUAUGGGCUGUCACCAUAACUACAGCUUUUCUUCUUUAUAUCAUCCCAGUUACUUAUGUGGCCUUUCGUAUCUGGAAGAUGUUGUUCAGAAUUGAAUUUGAAUCACAGUGCUGUCAGGCCAUUCCUUCCUUUGUAAAGAUAACAUCUUUUCCCAUCUUGUACAUCUUGUUCCUUGUAUUUUGCAUGUGCGUCGAAGCCUCAUACAUCAUGCUGGUUGUCACCUUGACUGUGAACAUCAUGUUUCUUGGAAGUGUUGCUGGUUUUACGACCAUGGGUCUGCUGUUCUACAUUGAUUUUUACCUUCCGUACAUUGUUCUCGGGUUAUGGGUAAUUGUGUACAUGCUGAGAGCUACAAACAAAUAUUAUGCCCAGUUUACAUACUUAAAGACCCUUGUCUUUGAAGAGUGUGAAAAAUAUGAUGAAGAGGCCAGAACAGAAGCAAGCAUCAGAGAAUCAUUUAGUGGACCGAUUACUGGCGAGAGGAGGUCAUCGUCUCUGUCGUCCCUUCAGAGGUCCAAGUCGGUGAACUUCCUUGUGACGCUGGAUGAUUACGGUGUCCCUAGCAUUCCACUAGAUAUCUUCCUUGCUUCCUCGCAUCAACUUAUGCCUUUCAAGCGCAUCAUGUUGGCAAAGUUCUUGAAGUUUGUUACCCUGGGGUGUUACCUGGUGGUAAUAUUCUUAUUUGUGAUGUCGCUGAAGGAAUAUCAUGCCGUGAGCACCAUCGUCCAAGGCCUGGCACUGUUUCUACUGGGCGGGUUGCCAUUAUUAGCUCUUCAAAGCCGAGGUCAUUCUGAUGCUGAAGAGAUUAGAGCAAGGUUUUAUGUUAAUGAUAUCAUCAAACAGUAUACAAAGAGAGCUUUGUAAGUUUUUCUUACAGCUUGUAAACCCAAAAUUGAGACAUGCUGUAAUGACCAUGUUAGUAGAGAAUAGAUAGGGCAUACUGAUUGACAAACACAAAAAUUUGGAAUAUGCAGUGUAGUAUCCCAGCAUUCCCUUAAUCCUACAACGUGUUGAUGUUAUGAUUAUGGGACAUUGUGCGUAUUUUUACUGGUUGGCCAAACACAGGGUCUUACUCAUUAUGCUGUACACUAACCAAAGAGAACAUGGCUUUGGACCAGGCUGGAAUAGUUUUUUUUCUUUAUUUUUAUUUGUUGUACUGAUAGUAUGACAAAUUUGUAAAGUAAAUGAAGUGGUACACAGAAUAAGGCCCUUAGUGACUCUCCUUGUAUUUGUCAAGGGAAUACUAGGUAAUUUUGAAGACAAAUUGACUAGCACUGAUAAAAAUGUCCAGGAACUUUUUUUUCUGACUAAAUGGGGGAAGUAACUGUCAGUUUACAUGUACACUCGGGUGAAGGAUUGUAAGUAAUAACUGAGUCUAACUGAAUAUUAGUUCUUGACAAUCCUUUGAGCAGAUUAGUACGUUGUAGAUUAAUACAUAUUGAGCUCUUAUACUAAAAAAUAUAGUAGUCCUCAGAGAAUCAGGGUGAGAGAUUUGGGUCAGGAGGAAGUUCAAUGGGCAAACGUGUUCAUUUGUACUGCUUUGGCCCAACUGAUCUCUUCUUUACCUAACUAUCUGGCCCUGAGUCACUGAGGAAAUGGAAAUGUUUAAUAGCUUCUUGCAAUCAUGCUGCAGGAUGGGGCAGGGCAGUCAAUCAACGUCAUACCAGCAUGCCGAAGUUUCAAUGACACUUCAUUGACAGACUUUACUGACACUUGAGUCUGCUUGUGAGAGUCAUGCUAUUAAUUGUUCUUGACUGUUGAGCAUAAAUAUGCUUGGAAGG